AUGUCUUCUUUAAUCCCAAUUAGCACCUACAACUUGGCCCUUGAGCCAUUCAACCCUCAACCUGCUUUGGAUGAGGAGUUUCCCGUCACCAUCAGAUUGACCAUGGCUGCCGUCGACCCUGAGGCCGCUGAUGACAAGGAGGAGCCAUCCACCGUCAGAAUCUUGAAGAAGACCAGAGUCUUCUUGGAUGAUGAGGAUGAGGAGGAUGAGGAUGACUUGCUCGAUAUCGAUGAGGACGAGGAAGAAGAGGAAGAAGAGGAGGAGGUUGUUGAGACCAAGAAGGAGAAGAAGAGCAAGAAGGCUGAGAAGGAAGAGGAGGAGGAAGAGGAUGAAGAAGAGGAGGAUAACGAGGAUGACAGUGACAUUGAGGACGAUGAGGAGAUUGAGGAGUUCAUUCUCUGUACUCUUUCUCCAAAGGUCCAAUUCCAACAAACCCUUGACCUCACCAUCUCUCCAGAAGAGGAGGUCUACUUUGUUGUCACUGGAUCUUACCCAGUUCACUUGACUGGUAACUACAUCGAGCACCCAGCCGAUGAGGACAGCGAGGAUGAGGAUGAGUACGAUGACGACUUUGACCAAUACUACGAGGAUGACGAGGAUGAAGACGAUGAGGAGGGUUACAACUUGACCCCAGAUGAGGAUGAGCUCGUUGACCAAUUGGAGGAGGUUUCUGACAUCGAGGGUAAGAUCGAGGAAUUGGUCGAGAAGGAGGCCAACAACAAGAAGAGAGCCGCCGAGGAGACCUCUGAGUCUAAGAAGAACAAGAAGACCAAGGAGGACAAGAAGAAGGUCCAAUUCACCGAGAAGUUGGAGCAAGGCCCAACCCCUUCCAAGAAGGAGAAGAAGAAGGCUGAGAAGGCCGAGAAGGCUCAAAAGGCUGAGAAGGCUGCUGAGACCGACAAGAAGGAGAAGAAGUUUGCUACCAACACUUUGUUGGGUGGUGUUGUCACUGAGGACAGAAAGGUCGGCUCUGGUGCUCAAGCCAAAUCUGGAAACAAGGUUGGUAUCAGAUACAUCGGAAAGUUGAAGAGCGGCAAGGUUUUCGACAAGAACACCUCUGGUAAGCCAUUCGUUUUCAACUUGGGCAAGGGUGAGUGCAUCAAGGGUUUUGACUUGGGUGUCGCUGGUAUGGCUGUCGGUGGUGAGAGAAGAGUUGUCAUCCCAGCCAAGAUGGGUUACGGCUCCCAAGCCUUGCCAGGUAUUCCUGCCAACUCCGAAUUGACCUUCGACAUUAAGUUGGUUUCUCUCAAGUAA